UCUCUCACUCUGUCUCCUUCUGAGCACAGUGAUGGAGUGAUGAUGUGACCUACCAAACGUUUCUUGCAGAACGGUGGCAGCACGAUGGAAACUGACACUUCUGCUUCGGUAUUUGUUUUACACGUAUUCCUCGACCGGCAGAUUCUUUUACACGUUUCUGUUGUCUGAGAUUAUUGUUUUUUGUCUUUUUUUUCGUCAACGAAACACAGACGCCUGUAAAGGAUUAAUUUGCCAACAUGCACUCAAGUGCGGACAGAACUAACAUUUAACGCCGAGCUACAAGGCUUAAUCUACCUGUGUUUUUGCAAGUGUACAGAAGACAGGGGGUACAGUGUUGUCAAAUCCAGCUGUUUAUUAAAGAGCGGUCACAUCAGUUAGCACUGCCCUUAAAAAGAGGAAACAGUCAAAAGGAAUUUAUGAUCAUGCUUGGGAAACCUGAGGUAUUUCAGUUCUAGUUUAAAUCCCACGCAUUUCUGGGAACUUUUGGAGUGGGAUAAGUGCUUAUAUCCUGUUGGUAUCAUAUCUAUACACAUCAGUGAUGUAGAUGGAGAAAGCUUGAUGUAAAACAUAUUCCUUAUGUACUCUAAAUCACCUCCAUCGGUUUUUAAUCAACAUAGAACUUUCUUUUGAUUUGCAUACCCGUUACAGCGGAAGACUUUGCACAGCUUAGCUGCUGCCCUGCUGUAUUAACAAUUGGUGCGCUGUGUUCCAACUUCCAAGUAAUCUAAGUGACGGGACCAGUCAAAGCUGGGCGGAUGUUGUGCCAAGCUCUCCCAUGCCACCAAUAACGAGGAUUGAAAGACAUGGAUGUUGCAAAAACAAUUGCUGGAAACGUCUGAAACACAUUUUGUCGCCGAAAUCAGAAGAUUGGUUUAAAUUCUGGAAAUCUACCGAAUUGUAUGUGUUCGCUUCUCUGGUCACGCAGGUAGAAGAGCGAAGGAGGAAUGCUGGUCCGAGAUCUCCUGCCGCUCAGUUUUAGUUCUUGGCCUUUCUUUCUGGGUCAUGUCUUUCUAACAUCAUUUUUACUGUUAUUUCAGUUUACUCAGGGUGAACUCCAGAAAACAUGCCAGAGGACCAUAGCUGAGAAGGUCACCGAUAGCUGCCAGCUGAUCUGCCAAUGUAGACCCUACCCUCCUCUACCUCCUCCUCCCCCACCGCCUCCUCCCCCAAGGGUGCUGGCUUUUGCAAAAGCUGAAUCAACGGUCCCCGUGUUAAAGCCCUGGUGGAAGGAGGUAGUUGUAGUCGGGACAGUGGGAUGUGCUACGCUAGUCUUUCUCCUGGUGAUGGUCAUCAUCUGCUACAAGGCAAUAAAAAGGAAACCACUGCGAAAGGAAGAGAAUGGGACAAGCCGAAGUGAAUAUGCAAUGGCCUCCCGAAACAAGAAAACGGUGGAUGCUAACAAUACGGUCGUAUAGGAUCCAGGAUGAAGAGGAAGGACAGACAGACGGUCGACACCUCCCCCCUCCCUCCAAAACACAGCUCCUCCCAACAUACGACAGCAGAGCUGAACUUUGAAUGCACACCCAAACCGUGCUUGUGUGCCAUGGCUUCGCUGGAAAAUGGAAGAAAGACAGCUAGAUUGAUAGCAAGCUUUUGGUCUUAGGACCUCCUUUUCAAUAGCGCACGCAUAUAAGAUAUUCAGAGCAGGGAGGCAGCCUUGCUCUGAAGUCUUGAUGUUUGUCAGAAGCAAGGAUGAACCUGUCAAUCACGGUCACGGUAAAAAAUAAAAAACAACUUUGCAUAGACAUUUGAAAAAAAAAAAUGUAAAUAAAAAAACUGCAUGCAGUCUUUGUUGAAUGCAACAACUUUUUAGAUUCCUCUGCCUUUUAUUGUUUUUUUUUUCUUUUGAUGCUGCAGCAUGGCAGUGUUAUUUGGCAUGAAAUACAAGAGAAGGGGCAGCCCAUUUGAGCCUAAAAUCAAGACACUGUCUGACCAGUUCACUGUUGUCAGACCUGGUCAUUAACCCCCCGCCCCGAAAUAUUAAACCAACAACGUGGAUGAAGAGGGAUAGAUGGUUGGUUCUGAUUUUGUAAACCAAAAAAAAAAAACUGCAUGCCUUUAAAAACUGGGAACAGACUUUUCCAGUCCCCUGACUAUGCAAUUCGAAAUAGCUAUGGUUUACUUUUUUUUGGUCACCAGUAUUGUUUAUAGAAGUUAAUCAAAUUUAAAAAAAGGUGCUGUUUUUAAACUCCACAGUUUAUUUCAUUUGCUUUGCUAUAUUUUUCCCCUGACAGAAGACUGUUGAUAUUUUCAAUGUAUUUUACAACAUACACGUAAAUUAAAUAUCCACCUAAUCUAGGUUCCACCUGCAUUUUCACGGUUGUGAGCCUUUUUUUUUAUGGCUUCCAUUUGUUUUGUAUUUAUUUUAUUUCAUUGCUCUGCUGUCGUCAGCUUCCUGAAAUACAGGGAUUAUGGUCAUAUUCAGAAGCCUGCCUCUCUGAAAAGCUUGCUGCCUUGUCUGUAUCUCUGAACAUGAAAUGCAUGGCCAUUGUCACCCCUUCUGCUCCGGCUUUGCCUCAGGAGAAGGAUAUUUUAUUGGUUAAUGUGAGUGUCAGUUGAUUAAAUAUAUAACCUACCAAAAUAUUUGUUAAACAUAGCAACAUUUAUUACAUUACCACAACCUGCUAAAAUGCUCUUGUGAGUUCUGUCAGUGAAGUGUGGGUGCCUAAUAAACAGAAUGUGCUGGAAUUCUGUUAACGAAACCUUCAGUUUGAUUUGUAUUCCACCCCACCCCCACCCCCCCCCCACCCCCCCCACCCAUGUUACAAUCUGAGCAUCUCAGAAUAUAUAGAAAAGCUCUAAAAAAUAAACUGAUCCUAAAAAGCUGUUUGUCCCUAAUUUGUAGACAUGCAUUUACUUUUCAAAAUGAGAGAAAAAAGAAAAAAAAAAACAUUUGAAAGUUACAAGACUAGAAAUAAACACACCGGUUAUUGAAGCAGAGUUGGGUUGUUUAUAACUGGAAAGUGUAGGGGCUUUUUUUUCCACAUAAAAACAAACAAACAAACAAAAACUCUUUAAAAAAAAAACACUGGAUAAAAUAGAAGAACGAAAUUCACCUUUAAUGACUUUAGUUUACUCAGCCACUUGCUCAGUUCCAGAAUGCACAAGUCAUUUCUGUGUGAUUUUACAAAGAGUCUUCUGUAAGUCACCUUAUACCUGGUCUAUCGUUGUUCAUAGCAGUGCAGAGCUACCUGGUAGGGGUCUCAGACAUUUUCAAGCAGGUUCAUAUAACUGUUUAAUGUGUCAACACUGUACCUUGUAGUUUUUGUGACACUGGUAACUAGGCUAACUAUUUUCAAGACACUGACAAACAGUAGUGACUGUUGGAGACUGUUGCAUUUCCCAUCAGGUCCUUCUCCUUUGAGGGUGCAAACUCCAGGGGGUAUGAGAGAAAAUUGACAAUAAAUAAUGAAUCUUUUUUUUAAUGAAAGAAAAGCUUAGAGAAGACAGGAGGCUGUGGAAUAUGAAGUAGGAAAUACUCUGUCAAGUACUUAAUGUGAUUACUGGCUUAUCCUUCUCUUUCCAAAUUAAAUCUCCCCUUGACAAAGAAGAAUAAACCUUGGGAUCCUGCUGAAGAGGUCUGUGCUGUAAAAGCAUCACUUUGCAUGAGAACAGGGGGUCUGACAAAAGCUGGGUGAAGGCUUUCACUGCUAAGGAUGCUCGUGGUUCAAAACAAAGUCUUUUGAUUUUAGUUUUUUUUUAAAAAAGGGUCACCAAAUGGAGGGUUUGAAUGGAAUGCAAUAUUUCACCUGUUUUGUAUUUCCAAAAGAGGGCUGUUCUUCAGAUCGUGAAUUCAGCAAAGAAAAGUGUCUUGAUGCAUCGACCUUUUCUACCAUUCUUUUGUAAGCAGACAUUCUCUUUUGUGUAAUGGAAAUGGCCCCAUGCAAGUGAUCUUUUUUUUUCAUUCUAUUUCUUUCUAAUUUAUGUUGAUCUCAUCUUUAUCACAUUUAAAUGAACUAAAAUCAAUUAUGCCAAAACAGUAAGUAUCUGUGCUUGCAUGCAGUGAACCCCCUACUCUGGACCUGUGCAUAAAUGUGCUUUGCAGCUUUUAGUAGCACUAAAGAUUUUAUGAUUAAGAGUUUGAAGUUACAAUUGGCCUCUGUGGAGCAAAGUGCUGAUCUCAAGAAUGGACACGUUUUAACACUUUAGCUGUGCUCUAGGUCCCUUAACAUAAACAUAUUCCAAUAACUCACCUUUCAGUCCGAACACGUCUGAGUCCCCUGACUAAACAAGUGCUGGAUGAGUUCAAUGUUGCUAAAUCUUACAAAAAAAAAAACAGUAAGGUGUUCUUUCUUCAUAGUGCUGUGCAGAGUUUAGAUUUUUGAAAUCAGUAUCAGAAUAAUACAUCUAAUAAAUUCUGUGUAUAAUUAUAUUUUUGUGUUCGUCUUUGGUUAGAAGAGUAGGAGUGGGGCUCCCGAGUGAUGCAUCCAGUAAAGGCACUCUGCCCAGAGUGCAUGAUGCACCCUAUAGCUUGGAGAUCACCAGCUUCAAUCCAGGCUAUGCCGCAGCCGAGUUCCCAGGAGGUGGCACACAAUUAGCCAAGCGCUGCCUGGGCAGGGAGGGUUAGGUCGGCUGGAGAAUCCACGGCUCACUGUGCACCAGUGACCCCUGUGGCUGGCCAGGCGCCUGCAGGCCUGCCUGUGUGCAAUUCAGAACUGCGUGGUACUACGACGCUGUAGUUUUGUAAUGGCGGACUUGCAGUGCAAAAGAAAGCGGAUGGCUGACACCAUUUUGAGGGCCACUGUUUUUCCUCAAUGGUUUUACCUCAAUCGCUAAAAGUUUAGACUUACCUCUUUCAAUCUGUUGUGAAGUUUUUUCCUCCUCCUCCUCCUCCUCCUCCUCCUCCUCCUCCUCCUCCUCCUCCUCCUUUUUGCCCCCUUGCAGCUGUAGCUCUCUUUUGGGGGGUCAAUGAAUUCCAUCACCCAGCCUGGGUUCACUUCUGGCAACCCAAGAGGGUGGCACAUUUCCGACCAAGAGGCAAAUUCCUUUAUUCCAAUUUAAUAAUGUGGUCCCCUUGCUUAUUGAACUAUAUUGUGGUCUACAUCUUACCACCUUCUGUGUUUAUACUGCUGAGCUUAAUACAGCAAGAUCUUCCUAGAUAGUAGAUCACCUGUACGAGAGAAGACUACAAACAUUGUAAGGCUAGUUUUGGUUGUUAUCUAAAGUCCUAGCAUAGGAUUAUUAUAUUCAGUGGAUUUUUAAAAUACAGUCUAAAGCAUGUACCUUAAUUAUGUUUCAGUGUUAUUAUUUUAAUUUGUCCCUUAUUAUUAUUAACCCUACUAUUGUACUAUCAAUGAAGGAUUUAUACAAUGAAGGAGAGUUUAUACCAUGAAAAGAAGCGGCACUCUGUAUGUUUUAUCAGCCCCGGUGCCUGUGCUAACCACCCUACCCCUUAUCAAUUAAUCAUUACAACUGUGUGUGGAUAGCACUAAAGCAUUAAAGAAAACCUUUUAACCAGUUUUCCUGCUACAAAAUAAACUGUAUUGAGUUUGCAAGAACAGACCUUUCAUCAUGACAUAUAACUGCAUAUACCUACAAUAUACCCAGCAUCUGUGCAUACCAGUGUGUCAUAUCAUGUACAAAUAAAGUGUGAAAAUAAUGCAUGAAUGUAAAUAUGAUUAAGAUUUAAAAAUCUACCUUCUUGACUGUGUAUCACAUGUACAGAAUAAAAUUAAUAUGUUUAUAGGAAAAUAAAUAAAAAUAAAUUUAACAACUCAAGUUGUUGAUGUGCUACCAAUCACAAUUAAAUACAUGUUGUCAUGUUUCUGGAACAAGCCAUUAAUGUAUAUUUGGUGAUUAAAGGUUGUUGCACAAUAUAUGCAUUGCAUAUCAAUAUGUUAAACAUAUACAUUGUGCAUUUAACUAUUUUAAUUGCACCAU